AUAAUCAUGUUCCAACCACACUUCACACACAAACAUUUUCUCUUCCAACACUUUCCAAAAACCACACAUGUUAUGGCCAUUUCAUCAUGUUCAUCAGAUUGGUCUCUACCUUGCACUAAAUGUUACACAAGAACAGCAUUCAACUUGCAUGCAUUCAUCAUCCCCAUGUGCCAUUUCCCUUCUUUCAACUCAAUUUCCACCUCAAAUCCUAAACACUUCCAUGCAAAUUUCUCAGCUUCUUCUCACACCCCCAUCUUAGAAGAACAGUCUUCCAACACCCCUUUGGUCCUUCUUGAUGUUAACUUUUCUGACCCUAAGAAGUAUUCCAAGCCAGAAAUUGAUCAGAAUUUGAAUGAUUUUCUAUGUGGGUUGUUUGAGGAUCCAAAAAAAGAUGAGCUUGCUUUUGAUUACUAUCAAAGACUCAAAGAGAGACCAGAGUUUAGACCAAAGAAAUCAACUUUGAACCAUGUGAUAAGGUACUUGUUGAGAUUCAAGAAAUGGGAGUCUUUUUUAUCAGUUUCUGAAGAUUUUAAGGUUUAUCAUGUUUUCCCUGAUGUUGCUACUUGUUCUAGGUUGAUUAGUUUUUGCAUUAAGAAUAGAAAAUUCAAGAUUGCUGAGAGUUUUCUUGAUGCUUUUAGCCCUAGUGAUGAAAUUGGUGUUUUGGCUUUUGGUUCUGCUUUGGAAAGCUAUAAUAAGCUUCAUAUGUUUAGGAGAACUAUUUUGGUGUUUGAGAAAAUGAAAUCCUAUAGUGUUGUUAUGGAUUCAAGAUGCUAUUUACAUGUUAUGGAAGCUUAUUCGAGGCUUGGUAAUUGCGAUAGAGUCGUUGAAUUGUUUAAUGAGUUCGAAAGUAAGAAAUUAAGCGACUCGAAUAGGUAUUUAGGUCAAAUAUAUGGUGUUCUAUGUGAGUCAUUAGGGAAAUCUAGAAGGGCUUUUGAAGCAUUAGAGUAUUUUAGAGAUAUGACUAAGAAAGGGAUUUUCGAAUACUCGAUUUACUCUUCAUUGAUAUGUUCUUUCGCGAGUUUGCGUGAGGUUGAUGUUGUUGAGAAACUAGUAACCGAAGCUAAAAGCAAAACGACGAUAAGGAAUCCAGAUGUGUAUUUAAAGAUUGUGUUAAUGUAUGUUGAAGAAAGCUUGUUGGACAAGACAUUGGAAGUUGUUGAGGCGAUGAAGGACGCCGAUGUCAAGGUUUCCGAUUGCAUUUUAUGUGCUAUCAUCAAUGGUUUUAGCAAGAGAAGAGGGUCUUUGUCUUCGAUUAAAGUUUUCGAGAAACUGAUUUCGAAAGGCUGCGAGCCUGGUCAAGUCACGUACGCCUCGAUAAUAAAUGCCUAUUGGCGUAUCGGAUUAUACACCGAAGCAGAGAAUGUUUUCGCCGAGAUGCUACAAAAGGGUUUCGAUAAAUGUGUCGUGGCUUACUCAAGCAUGAUUAUGAUAUAUGGAAAAACAGGUAAGGUUAGAAACGCAAUGAAGUUGGUUGCUAAGAUGAAAGAAAAAGGGUGUAAACCAAAUGUAUGGAUUUACAAUUCGUUAAUCGACAUGCACGGAAAAGAGAAGAAUUUGAGGCAAAUCGAGAAAGUUUGGAAUGAAAUGAAGAGAAGAAAAGUAGCACCUGAUAAGAUAACUUACACUAGCAUCAUUGGUGCUUAUUGUAAAGCAAAAGAGUUUGAUAAAUGCAUUAAACUUUAUAAAGAGUAUAGACUCAACAAAGGUGUGAUUGAUAAAGCUAUGGCAGGUACUAUGAUUGGUGUGUACUCAAAAGUUGGUAUGGUUGAUGAAUUGGUGAAGCUUUUGCAAGAUAUGAAAAUGGAAGGAACUGGUUUAGAUCAGAGGCUUUAUCAGUCUGCAUGGAAUGCUUUUACAGAUGCUGGAAUGGAAGUUCAGACUAGAUGGAUGAAAGAGAGUUUUCAUGUAACAUAGUAUAGUUUUUUGGCAAAAUCUGAUGCUGAGAUGAUUUGAGUCUAGGAAUCGUCGAUUGAAAUUGUAGGAGAGUAUCAAUCUGGUCCUUCACGUUAUCGAUAACGUGGAAAACUGGUUGAUACAAUCUUACAAUUUCUAGGACGAACUCGAGGAUUUACUCUAUGUGAGUAAUUUGAUACUUGUUUAUGUGAUCAAAUGGAAGGAAAAAAAGAGAUAUAUCAGCAAUACAUAAUGUAUAGAUUUUGAGGCUAAAAAGCUAUGGUUUGUAAAAUUUAGCAAAAUGUCUUAGUGGUUCUAUUCUUAUUCCUCAAAAUUGUAAUUGAGCAACUUCUUUAAAUUGUGACUUCCAUAAUUCUUAAACAUACAUGAAAGCGUAAUCUUUCGUGUAUGAAUUUUUCAUUGAAUGCAGAGUCUUGGGUUUGACUCCUGUCCUGAACCUGCAGUAGUGUCCUAUAUGAAUUAGUCUUUGCAGUUGCGCGCAUAGCAUACCCCGGUUUAUUAAAAAAACACUUCUAAUAUUGAAGAAGAUAAAGUAAAAGAAUCACACUAAUAUGUAAAUAACAAAACUAAACUUUUUUUCUUUCUUUUUCCAAUAAAUGAAUCAACAUAAAUAUAACAUAUGCAUUAUAACAUAACAAAUCCUCACAAAAUAAAAAUCUAA